AUGGAUAUUCAAAUCCUCUACUUUACAUCCAUUUUCUCCUUUUUCAUUCUUAUGCUUAUGGCACACAAAAUAGUGACCAAGAAAUCUAACUCAACUCCAAAUUUACGACCAGGACCAUGGAAGCUACCUAUCAUAGGGAACAUACACAACCUUGUUAGCUCACUUCCUCCCCAUCGUCAGCUAAGAGAUUUGUCAGCAAAAUAUGGACCCUUGGUGCAUUUGAAGCUUGGAGAGGUUUCUACCAUUGUGGUCUCAUCCCUAGAUUACGCAAGGGAGGUGUUAAAAACUCAUGAUCUUAUCUUUGCAUCAAGGCCUCCUAUCCUAGCUUCAAAGAUAAUGAGUUAUGAUUCUAAGGGUAUAACCUUUGCCCCUUAUGGUGAUUAUUGGAGACAGUUAAGGAAGAUUUGUGCAUUGGAGCUAUUAAGCUCAAAACGUGUCCAAUCUUUCCAACCAGUAAGAGAGGAAGAGUUCACUAACCUCAUCAAAUGGAUUACUUCAAAAGAAGGAUCACCCAUCAAUCUCACCAAAGAAGUGAUUUCAACAAUAUCUACAAUCACUUCAAGGACAGCCCUUGGAAAGAAGUGCAAGGACCAUCAACAAUUCAUAUCAGUGAUAAAGGAAGUCAUAGAUUUUGCUGGAGGUUUUCACUUGGAAGAUUUAUACCCUUCAGCUAAAUGGCUUGAGCACAUCUCUGGGUUGAAGCCUAAGCUAGAGAAGUUGAAGCAAAAAUCUGAUAAGAUAUUGCAAAACAUCAUCAAUGAGCAUAGAGAGGGUAAGUUAAGGAGUGCUCAAGGCCAGGAUGAAGAUGCAAGGGAAGAUCUUGUAGACGUGCUGCUGAAGCAGGAGUUUUGCUUAAGUGAUGAUAGUAUCAAGGCUGUGAUCUUGGAUAUAUUUGGAGCUGGAAGUGAAACAUCAGCUACAACAAUAACAUGGGCAAUGGCAGAAAUGAUUAAAAAUCCAAGAGUAAUGAAGAAGGUACAAGAUGAGGUAAGAGAGGUAUUUGAAGAAGAAGGAAAUCCCAAUGAAAGUGCCAUUGAGAAACUAAAAUAUUUGAAAUCAGUUGUGAAAGAGACAUUAAGAUUACACCCUCCUGUUGCUCUUUCACUUCCAAGAGAAUGUGGACAAGCUUGUGAGAUUAAGGGGUAUCAUAUACCGGUGAAAAGCAAGGUCAUCGUGAAUGCUUGGGCAAUUGGAAGAGAUCCAAAUCUUUGGAAUGAGGCUGAGAGGUUUUAUCCUGAAAGGUUCAUUGAAAGUUCUUGUGACUACAAAGGCAAUAAUUUUGAAUUCAUCCCAUUUGGUGCUGGGAGAAGAAUAUGCCCUGGCCUCACAUUUGGGUUGAUCAACGUUGAGUUUCCACUUGCGUUGUUGAUGUAUCAUUUUGAUUGGAAACUGCCCAAUGGAAUGAAAAACGAAGAUUUGGACAUGACUGAGACUUUUGGAAUAACUGUUGGCCGAAAAGAUGAUUUGUACCUGAUUCCCAUUACUUCUCAUUGUUAG